CAGGCCCGUGAAACAGCCAUCUCUGCUGCUGGCGGAAAAAACAAACACUAAUCCUCAAAUUCGAUAAGAUAACUUUCCCAAACCCAAACGCAAUCCCUCCUCCCUUUUAUUUCUUGCAGCUUCCCACCGACUUGCCCACCAACAGCCACCACAAAAACCUCGCCAAAAUCUGCCUUCCGUCUCUUUCUUUCUCACUCUCUUUCUCAAGUUGCAAUAAGGAAGAUAGGACGGAAUGGGUACCGCUCUGCCUCGUGAGUGGCUCGGUCUUCAACAAUUUCCCGCUGCUACUCAAACAAAAUUGUUCGAGCUGUUGGGCAAAUUGAAGCAAGAGAAUGUCACCACUUUGACCAUCCUUGUUAUGGGCAAAGGUGGUGUAGGAAAGUCUUCUACUAUCAAUUCUCUUAUUGGGGAGCAAGUUGUUCGAGUGACUGCUUUUCAGUCAGAGGGGCUGAGACCCAUCAUGGUUUCACGCUCCUGGGCAGGGUUUACAUUGAAUGUAAUUGAUACACCAGGGCUUGUGGAGGCUGGAUAUGUCAAUCACCAAGCUCUUGAGUUGAUCAAAGGGUUUCUUUUGAAUAAGACUAUAGAUGUUUUGCUUUAUGUUGAUCGCCUGGAUGCGUAUAGAGUGGAUGACUUGGAUAAGCAGAUCAUUAGGGCUAUCACUAACAGUUUUGGCAAAGGAAUAUGGCGCAAAAGUUUGCUUGUGCUCACUCAUGCGCAGCUUUGUCCACCUGAUGGACUGAAUUAUGAUGUUUUUUCUUCUAAAAGAUCAGAGGGUGUGCUAAAGGCCAUUCGUAUGGGAGCUCGGAUUAGGAAAAAGGAUUUUGAGGAUUCUGCCAUUCCUGUUGUUUUGGUUGAAAACAGUGGGAGGUGCAAUAAAAAUGACAGUGACGAAAAGAUUCUUCCCAAUGGUGAUGCUUGGAUUGCGAACUUGGUAAAAGCCAUCACAAGUGUUGCAACAAAUAAGAGUAAAGCUAUUGUAGUUAGCAAGAAGUUGGUAGAUGGUUCUGAUUCAAAUGAUAAGGGUAAAAUGUGGAUUCCUGUUAUUCUUGGGCUUCAGUGGUUUAUUCUCAAACGGAUUCAAGGAGCAAUAAAAAGGGAUAUUGCAACUGGCAAUGGACCUUUAUGAGAGCCACAAGAAUGGGAUCUGGCCUUCUGCAAGUUUCAUUGGGUCUUGUUAAAGCCCUUCGUUUUUCUGUGCCAUCCCUUUCUUUGGUAAAAUUAAAAAGGAAAUCCUCUGAAGGUUGCUUCUGAAAGUCAGGUUCAUUUUGGUAGUUUGCUAUGCGUAUGCUUUGGCAGAUCCAGUUAGUAGUGCUUGUUAGGAUGGUGUAUUGAUGAGUUAUUGUAGGAUUGUCAUGCUAGAAGGCGAAGGUCAUGUUGUUCCUAACUUCAUGUUUUCCCAUCCUUUUCUUUCAGUUUUGUUUUUCUGAACUACCUAUACUGAUUUUCAUUUCUGGGUGUGUUUGAAUCUUUGAGAGGGAGCUUGGAUCUUUUCCAGUAUUUUUCGAACUAAUAAUCAUUAAUGCGUUAAUGAAUACUAUAUGGAUGAGUGUAAUUGAGAAUGUUAUUAGUUUAAAGGUAUUGAAGUGA